AUGGAAUCAGUCGAUGAGGCGACCGACAAGAUCCCAGCAGGUUCAAUCAAAGAAAAGCCAAACAUCAAGACAGGUGGCAAAGAGAGUCAUUUCGGGCUUACAGCUAUAGACGACAGGAAGGAAAGGAACCUAGAUCCAACAGUACAUGAGGCACUUGCUGGACAAGAAAAAAGGUUCUGGGAAGAGGCGAUGUGUAAGGAGUUAGAAGGGCUGGAAGCGAUGGGCACUUGGGAAGUUGUGGACAUCCCACCUGGUGUAAGCACUGCCAACACACGAUGGGUGCUCAAAGUCAAGACAGAUGCUAAUCUGAUACCAACAAAGUGUCACAGGGUCGGCGCAGGAAGUGUGCGCAGAAUGAUCUGA